AUGCCGCCUCCAUCAUCAUCACCUCCCGACAAGGACGACGAUACAUCCAGUCUCAGAUCGACUAUGAGUUGGAAACUUGUUCACCCAGGAGGACCUGAGUCCUCCAACGGCGACGUUAGGAAGAUGAAAAAAGCCAAGGCUCGGCAGAGCGCCAAGGACGUCGAGGAAGACGGCGGCGAGAUACUCGAGAUGGAGGAGAUGAGGAAUGAUAAGCAUCUCCUGGCGUCCAAGGAGAACGACAUCAGCAAGUAG